AUGGGACACGGGAAGGGGCCACCCACGCCGCCCCCCGUGUCCCCAGCAGCAGGAGCCGAGGGAGGGGACCCCGCCAGCUCCCCGUGCCCCGGGGGCCAGGCGCAGGCGUGCGCCCCGCGGCCGCGGGCGGUGCAGGACGAGGACCGGAUCAUCGGGGGGUACCCGUGCGUCCCCUACUCGCAGCCGUGGCAGGUGUACAUCUACGAGCCCGUGCGCUGCGGCGGGAUCCUGCUGCGGCCCCGCUGGGUGCUGUCGGCCGGGCACUGCCUCUACAGGGGCCUGCGGGUCCGCCUGGGUGAGAACGACCUGGAGCAGGCGGAGGGGACGGAGCAGGAGCGCAGGGUCCUGCGCGCCUUCCGCCACCCGGCCUUCGACCCCACCACGCUGGACAACGACCUCCUGCUGCUGCAGCUCGACCGCCCCGUGCGCCUCAGCCGCGCCGUGCAGCCCCUGGCCCUGCCCCGCUCCUGCGCGCCCCCCGGCACCACCUGCCUGGUCUCGGGUUGGGGCACGGUCACCACCCCGCAAGGUGAGAGGUUGGAGGGAGCGUGGAGUAAGUCUGGAGUGAGCCUGGGGUGA